CUACUGGCCCGCUACCAGUUUCAGAGCAAUUGCAAAUCUCACCUAUUGUCUCUCUCUCUCUCUCCUCACAAAUGGGCUACGUCGGACGAUAUUUGUCUGUUAUAUACGUCUUUGUUCUGGGUAACUUUAUUAAUAUCUCAUAUGCAUGGAAUAUCACAAAUCAUUUCGGCACUGAUAUUGCUCAAGUUGUGCCUUACAUUGUUGCUAUUCUCCCAUUUCUAGUUGCAGUUCCUGUCGUUUUAUUUAUACGAAGAGGAAAAGCUUUACCAAUUCAAAUGUUCUACUUUAAUCAAGUUAUAAUAGCAAUAUCAGCGGUCUUUUUAAGUAUUUGCCUUCCGAUGAUCAUGACGCCAUUUCCUAUCAGAAGUCUUACAACCACACUUGCUGUCGUUAUUCUCCACUGUCCGCCGGUAUAUCUACUUUGUUGCAUUUCAAUUGAAGUAUGGCACUUAGUAUCACCGAUUCAAUACACUUUCCCAAAAACCACCAGACUCUCGAAUCUCCAGAAAUUCAAAAUUUCUGCCUUCUUCUUCAUCCUGGAAACGUAUUAUUAUUAUACGUGUUCCAGGGAUCUGAACCACUGGCCGACCAAUAUACUCAUACUUACGGCAAUUAAUAUAAUGACAAUACCAGCGUUGUUUGUUGCGUUUUAUGCAUGCAACGCUGAUAGUAUUCAUUCAUCACGUGUGCAGUCUGGAGGCGGGUUAAUCGUGACCAGGAAAUGGAUCAUGAAAGGGAUGGUCUGGAACCUUGAUCACGGUCCUGAUGAGCAUGAAGAUAUAUGUGAUUGAAAUGAUUGUUUUUUCCGAUUUGUUCUAUUCAUAUUGCAAUUUUGUAAAAUAAACACGUUG